AGGACCCAAUUGGGCUCUCCAACCCGUACCCGGCAGGUCUCCCGCCCUGACGGGGUUGGGCAUGCCUCCGCCUCACGCCGCCGCUCCAUCGCCGUCUAUGCCGCCCUUCUCCUCCCCACUCUACAAACAGAAGUCAUGGUCGCCGGACCUACACCGAGACGAGGAAUGGAUGAGGCGGAAGGGGAAACACCUCCACCGUCGCCGUCGGAAGAGCAAAAGCGUCACCGAUGAAGAUAUCAAUGAACUCAAAGCUUGUAUCGAACUAGGCUUUGGAUUCGAUCGUUCUCCUGAAUUGGAUGAUCGCCUUUCAACUACUUUACCGGCGUUAGGAUUCUAUUACGCCGUCAACAAGCAAUAUCACGAUACGAUCUCCAAGUCUUCAUCCAUGUCGUCAUCGUCUUCUUCAUCCAUUUCAUACUCAUCUGCCGUCUCGGAGCCUGAUUUAUCUUCUCCAUGGGGCAGUCCUCACACCAUAAUCAACCGCGGGGAUAAUCCACAUACGGUGAAGACAAGAUUGAGACAAUGGGCGCAAGUUGUUGCUUGUUCGGUUCGGCUAUCAACAUCAUCAACAUCAUCAUCAUCAUCAUCAUCAUCAUCAUGAAAAACAAAUGAAUAUAAAGCAAAGGCAACCAUGGUUAGAUCAAGUAAACCCAUGACUGUAGUUAAAAUGAGUUGAGACCAACCAAAUCAUAUCUAUGUUUGAUAUCUUUAGAUAUUUUCUUGAUUUGAUGAUGUGAACCCAUCAUGUCUCUUGCCUCAAUUUCUAUGUAAAUUUUUGUUUCUUUUGUAUCAUUAUGUCUUGUGUGUAUUUGGUUAAAUUUGUUAUCAUGUUUUGUUGUUUCAUGGUUGUUGAAAACUCUGAUGGUUUUACUAAGUGGGGUCCGUCUCGUUGACUGUAUUAAACUUUUAUUACGAGUUUGUUUCUUGUAAAACGAAACUUUAGAUGUUUUUAUCUGAUUAUAAUGCACUUCCUGAACCUGUUUUC